CUGACCACACAGACUGCCCUAUCUGUGUUUCUGUAGCCAGAGACAUGACCUGACACCCUGAUGACCAGUCUUAGGGCAUUUGGGUGACUGGCUGGUGCACCAUGGAACUUAAAGUAUGGGUGGAUGGAGUUCAGAGGAUUGUGUGUGGGGUCACUGAAGUCACAACUUGCCAGGAGGUUGUAAUAGCCUUAGCUCAAGCCAUAGGUCGAACUGGAAGGUACACCCUUAUAGAAAAAUGGAGAGAUACUGAAAGACACUUAGCACCUCAUGAAAAUCCUAUCAUAUCCUUAAACAAAUGGGGGCAAUAUGCCAGUGAUGUACAGCUAAUUUUACGUCGAACGGGGCCAUCUCUCAGUGAGCGACCCACUUCAGAUAGUGUGGCCCGAAUUCCUGAAAGAACUUUAUACCGGCAGAGUUUGCCUCCCUUAGCUAAACUGAGGCCUCAGAAUGACAAAUCAAUCAGAAGGAGAGAACCCAAGAGGAAAUCAUUAACAUUUACAGGAGGUGCCAAAGGAUUAAUGGACAUUUUUGGGAAAAGUAAAGAAACUGAAUUCAAGCAAAAGGUGCUGAAUAACUGUAAAACAACAGCAGACGAGUUAAAGAAGCUGAUCCGUUUGCAGACAGAGAAGCUUCAAUCCAUUGAGAAACAGCUGGAAUCAAAUGAAGUAGAAAUACGAUUUUGGGAGCAAAAAUAUAAUUCUAACCUUGAAGAGGAAAUUGUCCGCCUGGAGCAAAAGAUCAAAAGAAAUGACGUGGAAAUUGAGGAGGAAGAAUUUUGGGAAAAUGAAUUACAGAUUGAACAGGAAAAUGAAAAACAGCUUAAGGAUCAACUUCAAGAAAUAAGACAGAAAAUAACAGAAUGUGAGAGCAAAUUAAAGGACUAUUUAGCGCAGAUCCAGACUAUGGAAAAUGGCCUUGAAGCAGAAAAAUUGCAAUGGAAGGUUCAGGAGGCACAAGUCAAUGAAGAAGAGGUUAAAGGGAAGAUUGGUAAGGUCAAAGGGGAAAUUGACAUUCAAGGCCAGCAGAGUCUGAGGCUGGAAAAUGGGAUUAAAGCUGUGGAAAGAUCUCUUGGACAAGCCACCAAACGAUUACAGGACAAAGAGCAAGAACUGGAGCAGUUGACUAAAGAGCUGCGCCAAGUCAAUCUCCAGCAAUUUAUCCAGCAGACAGGGACAAAAGUUACUGUUUUGCCAGCCGAGCCCACUGAAGUAGAGGCCUCCCAUGCUGACAUAGAAAGGGAGGCACCGUUCCAGUCUGGGUCCCUGAAGCGACCUGGUUCAUCUCGGCAGCUCCCCAGUAAUCUUCGUAUUCUACAGAAUCCUAUCUCAUCUGGUUUUAAUCCCGAAGGCAUAUAUGUAUAACAUCAUGUGUCUUUGGGGGAGAGACCCAAUAAAGGUACCAAGGACAGUAAAACUUUCUUCUUUGAUUUGUGCCAAUGACGAACAGAGGAGAUAUUUCACAAGCCACUGUAUCUUUUUUUCUGUCCUAAAUUGCAUACCACUUGGAGCCAUACCCUGUGCACUGAUGCUAAAGAACAAAGAAACUGUGUUUUCACACUUCAGCAGUGUUGAUGUUCUGUCCAGCAGCUGUGAUGCAAGGCCUUCAUUUUUAUUUGUAGCAUUUUGAGAGCAGUAGGAGAAGUAUUAUUCUAUGUGUAUACAUAAAUAAAAGUGACUUACAAAUGCAGAGAAGUAUGUGACUGGCUUAGUGUAAUUUAUUCCAUGUAAUCAAUGAGUAUGUGAAUGUUGAUAUUUUAAUAUUUUCUAAUACUUAUCCUGUGGCUUAAUUAUGUUACAUAUUGUGUGAUUAUGACUUUGUGUGCAUGUUGCCAAACUCCCUCCAUAUGUUACUGAUUUACAACUAGACAGGUGUCAUAGGUUGCUCCACCAUGGAAAUAACUCCAGAAGAACCCACUUGCGCUUAUUUUAAUUAACUUAAUUCUGUGAACUUCUCCUGGCUGUUGCUUAAUUAGUGAAAUAAUUCAAGGGUUUUGUUUUAUAAAUUUUGAAAUUUAAUCUUCCUUUGCAGUAUUUCCCAAACAUGAAUGACCAUAUACCAGAACAGAAAUAUUUUCACAAGGUUAAUUGUAUGUUUACAAGGUUCUCAGUGUUUCAAACACCGUUGGGCCAAAAUAUGAUUGUUAAAUAUCUGUUGAAACAGGCAUGGGGUUUCCUGUAGGGUUAUGUGUUUCGUAUGUGCCCUGCCUUGUCAUUUUACCCUCAUGGAUCCUCUGAGUAUAGAUCUAAGGACCAGAUUGGUCUACUUCAGGAAUGUUGUUUUAAGUGACAUUUUUUAAAUACCCACCUCAUACGUCUGGUCUGUUGGCAUAACCACGUGGGUAACUUGUUCUUGCACAUUAUUUAUCCUGUAUAUAUUAACCAUUGUGAUCUCUCCAGUCACUUGGGCAGAGAGAAAGUAGAUUGGAGAUAGGUAUUUUUUACCAAGGAAAUAAAGUUAAAUUCAGUACCUGUUUUAAUUUGUGAGCUUGACUUUUAUAGGACAUUAAUCUCUGUUUGUACAUACUUAUUUUUUUAUUCAUAAAGCCAAAACAUGAGUCAACACCCCUUCUACAAACAGUGACUUAACUAAGAUUCACAAGUAAUAUCUAGACUAGUAUGGUCUGACACCUCUUAGCUAUUUUUACAUUUCCUCUGAUCGAAAUUUGGUACAAUAUAAUUAAGACUUUAAUCUGAAAUUUAAAGUAGUUUUUAAUUCUAAGGAAAAUAUGUUAUCUGUAUUAUUUACAUGGAACAAAGUAAAAGUGGAUUAAUAUAUUAAUGCCAUGAUAACAAUAAAAGGAAGUUGUGUCUUAUGCAUGAAGACAACUUUGGAUGUUUUAACACAUUUGACUUAUUUUUGGUUUAAUGAAUGCUGAGAAUGCUGCUAUAUUUAGGUUUCCUAUGAAAAAAUUUUAAGAAUGGCUAUGAAAAUAUAUAGAAGCUUAUAGAGGACUGAAAGGAAUAAUGAAAAGUGGCCUUUUCUAAUCCAGCUAAAUGGCAGACCUCAACUAAAGCUUUUUUUUUUUUUUUUUUUUUGAGGGGUGCGUUCUUGGAGUUAUCAAGUUGACUUUGCCAUUAUACUGUUUUGCAAAUAAUUUGAGCACCAGUAUAUCUGACCUUUUAAGUGAUUCUUACCUACAUAACCACAGCCUGUACACAUUUGCUCUCAAUUUAUAAUAGCAUAUAUUUAAAAAUUAGAAUAAUUAAAAAUCAAAAUAAUUUGUAGCUUUUGUGACAGUAAUGACUUACGGAUGCCCAAUAUAUGCCUUACUUUUAAAGAUCCCAUUCUAUGCUAAGAAUCAUUUUGUUGUUGUUGUUCAGAAGAAUUGAAUUAUUCACAAAGAAAAACAUUUUUAUAAAUUGAUCACAUUCUAUUUAAAUAAAAAAUGUUAAACUAAAGAUAUAUUAAACUUUGCAAUUGUAAAUUGCAAAGGUGCCUUGGCGUGCUAUGAAAAACACAGUCAUAGAGCUCUUCUCCAUAUUCAACUUAUUUGUUCUAAAUUAUUAUCAGCAUUGAUCUUACAGCUUUAAAGAAAGAAUAGAAGCAUCUUUCCAACUGGUAGCACCAGCAUAGUAUCACAGUUAACCUCUAACAAUGUCAUCAGAAUUUUCAAGCUGCCAAAUAAUCAUCAUGGGCCUAAUUAUAGGUAGAAAUACUGUUUCCUAGUAUUUAAACGUGAAUGUGAUGAAUGCAUUGAGCAGCCUUACUUUUUAAUGUUACAUUACUUCUGGAAGCACAUAGGAAUAUUUUAUAUAUCUUUUUUUAAAAUAGAGGGGAAAAGACUCAUUUUGCUAGGACAUCUUAAAAUAUUUUAGUCUAUUCCUGAUCACUUUUAUCUAUUGUGAAUACAAAUGAGUUGGAAUAAGUGCCACAUCUUUGGAUACAUUUCAGAGACAGGAGCAGGCAAUGGUAUACAAAAAUACCAAAUAUAAAAUUUUGCAUCUGGGAUAAUAUUCAGGUCCUUAAUACUAAAUUAGAUUAAAAAUUUUUUUAUUAUACUGCAAACUGUUUUAUUAGGGUUUUCUAGAAGUAUUAAAGACAUUAAAAGAUGAUUCUUUUUUGAACCAAGAAAUGAUUUGAAGUAGCACCAGUAUAUCUGACCUUUUAAGUCUUCAUUUCUUCUCGGAGAAUGAUUCACAGUAGGUUGUCUUAGUGCUUUUGUUGUCCUGGCGAGAUAGACUCUGGUUUGUUAGCAUUUGAUUUUCAUCUUGGCGCACAGGGAAUUCAUUUGUGACAUUUAAUUUGAUAUUAACAGGAAUUACUGAUUUAAUUCCCUCAGUUAUCAAUGAACUAAUCCUCACUUCCCGAAAUUCAAAUUAGUCAUAAGUUAGAGCUAAACCAAGACUAAUAUAGUAAAUAAUUUAUGUUGUGAAAUGUGAAAUAUAACAGUGUUUAAGAAAAACAAAUAAGUACUUGCCACCACAACAUAAAAAAAAUUUGCACCUGCAUUAAAAGAAUUUUCUUUGUGAAUAAGAGCAAAACAGUCUUUAGAGAAAAGAAACCCUUCAUUUAAAGCCUUUUCUGUGAACAUCUUUCCAAGUUAGAACUGUAAUAAUGGAUUGAGUAAAUAAUAUGGAAAAAAGUAAAAAACUGACUUCAGCCGUACAAAGAGUGAGGCAUACAAAGAUGGGCAGUUCCUGGUGUGCAUAGCCUUUAAAAAAUUGGGCCUUAAUUUAUAUGUAAAUAACACAGGUGUGUUCACAUCCCUCUUCUACCAAAAGUUAUCUUUAUUAGUCUAUAUUUUAUUAAAAUUUAGUUCGUAAGUAUUACUUUUAUGUCGAUUUUUUUAAGUUGCAUGUUUAUACUAUUUGCUACAGUAUUUUAAAGUUUUGGGUGAAGGCCAUCAGCUGUACAGAGAAGACAAAACAAUCACUAUUUAUUCAGUAUUGCUGCUUUACAUUUCCAGAAUAAGCUUUCGAUGCCAGGACAGUGACUGCUUGAAAGCUGCAGGAGCUCUAUUCCAAUGCAUUUUAUAUAUUUUUAGAAACCAAAUAAAUGCAGAUAACUAUUUAGUAUACUAAUUAUAUUAAACCAGCGGAAAUAUAAAGGCAAUAAAGUAUAUACAUAUAUAUAUAUAUAUAUUUAAGGGGGAGGGGAAAGAUUAAAAAAUAGGUUUACAGCCAAACAUGGUCUUAGCCCUAAAUCCAUUUCUCAAUUUCUCUUUUUUUAUUGACCUUAGGAGGAUUUGAAUUGCUGCAGCUUUAAACAGAAAAUUGCCACAUUCACUAAUUGUGGACAUACAAAUAUGCUUUUAGUACUGCUUUGCUUAUGUACAAAUAAAAAAAAUCUGUAAUCUGUAUUAUAUGUAAUUAUUCUUUUGACUUUCAUUUCAAAAUGUGUAUUUUCUGAUCAUUAUCAUGAGCUGUAAAACAAACAAUCAAUAUCUGAUAUUCUCCUAGAUAAUAAAUUUCAGGAUUCAUUGGGGCAUUACAAUUGUUGGU